AUGCGUCAGAAAGAGAGCAUCUCAGUGAACGACAUGUCACGUCAGAAUAACAGCACCUGCCAGCAUUGGUUGCCUCAUUCAAAUGUUGAGAAAGACGGACUGUUCGACUCAUCUUCACUAGGGACCAACUCUCCAGAUACCAAAAAUUUCUGCUAUAAAAGAUCAGAUCCCUUCUUGCCAGAAAACCGUAUUCCUUUACCCAAAUUCAACUGUCAUAAGAUAGCAAGCAACGAUUAUGAAGGAUUCAGCAAUGAUGAAGAUCACGGAGGAAUUUUCUUUUACACGAUGCCGUCACCAACAAACGGCAGACGAAGAAACGAGCGGGAACGUCAGAGGGUUCGAAGUGUGAACGAAGGGUUUGAACGUCUCCGUAGAUACCUACCGCUGGGUUGUCAGUGUUCCGACGGAUCCAAAUGUGAAGUGAUUACUGUCGGUAGGGCCAGGCGAUGCCAGAAACGACGGUGUAGUAAGGUGGAUGUGUUGCGGGCGGCCAUUAUGUACAUCAGACAUCUCCAGGGGCUGCUCGGUGAAGAAGAACCGUGCUGA